AUGAGUAUCCAGCCCCCCCCACACAUAGCCACUGGGUCACCUCUCCUGACCUCGUCCAUCAAUGACCUAACGGGGGAGGCGGCGGUCCUUGAAACAGCCAUCAAGGGGAACGACACUUACCAGGUGAAGCGACUGUUGGAACUACACCACGACAAAUUCCAGAUUGACCUACACGGGAGCAUCCUGGACAAGUGGUCGUGUGAUACCGGGAGCCGCUGUGUGUCUCAAGACGUCGAAAUACUCCUGCGCAAGUCCCAGACACUCAUUGACAGACGUGGUGAGGCUGCUGCUGCGGUACGGCGUGGAGCCCAACAGGGGGGCGUGCUGUCCCUGGGAGGUGGCGGAGGCACAGCGGGCACCGCCCCGGGGCCGCGGCAGCGCCUGUCCCCUCGGGUGUCCCCCACCAGCGUGCUCAGCGUGGACCGCCGCUCCCUCAACACGGGCCACGGCUCCCUCAUGGGCUCUCCGUCGCCACGCUCCUCACCCAGAGCCUCCCCACGAGGUUCCCCCAGAGGUUCUCCGCGUUGCUCGCCCCGCUCGGGCUCCCCCAGGCCAUUCUCCCGGCCGUCCUCCCCGCUGGCGGGGUGUGACCGGGGCAGUCCCCGCGCGCCCUCCCCAAGGGCAGCCUCGCCCAUCCACUUCGUGCCGCCGCCCGUCCCCUACAGUGACCCCGAGGUGCGGCUGCGACCCCGCCCGCUGCCCCGUCAGUUUGGGGUGGGGGACGCGGCGCGCGUGGACGAUGAGCGGGGCCGCUCCCGCGCCGAUGUGAGCGCCGCCGCCAGGAAGGAGCCGCACGGCCUGGAGGCCCGCAGCGACUCUGUCAAGAAGGUGUCGGGUGGCGCGCGCCCCUGGCGGAAUGGGGCGUCUGAGGAGCGGCCGAGGACGGGGAUCGGCAGCGAGCAGUCAGCGGCGGCGGCGGCGCCGGCGGGGCGGGGCGCGGGUGGCGGAGAGCGAGGGAAGGAGAAGAGCAGGUCACCAGGCACGGCGGAGGGGCGCAGCAUCAUCAAGGAGGACCCGCGGCCCGAAAUGUCCCGGGACGAGGGCGUGGCGCGGAAGGACAGCUCUACGCGGCGGGUGUCGUGGGUGCCCGGCGUCACCGACAAGGCCGCCGCCAGCAGGGACAAGCCUGCCUACAAGAGGAGACACUCUGCGGUGGUCAAGUCCAGCGAGGUGACCUUCCAGCGGCAGCGGUCCUUCUCCCUGGACAGCCAGCAGCAGGUGCGGCUGACGGUGGCGGGGUCAGCGUCAUGGCUGCUGGUGCCGCGGCCCGUCAUUUCCACGGAGAACAGCACCACUCGGCUGGCGGAGCCCCGCGGGGAGAGGGACCGCUCCGAGCCCCGCUACUUCACCUUCUCCGACGUGCACCCCUGCACCUGGGAGGGCGCCGCCCGUCCCGGCACCACCUCCUCCAGCAGGAGACACGAAGCGAACAGCGGUGCGGGGGACCCGUCCGCCACCUCCAGGUUCCUGGUGCUGAACCCUGACGUGCCCCGCGAGCGGCUGGUGACGUACACGAGCAGCGAGGGCACACGCCUCACCUUCGCUGACCUGUACACGCGGGAUUACCUGUACACGCUGCCUGUGCUGUUCCUGGCGGCGGCGCGCGGCCACUCCGCCAUCACCUACCUCCUCCUCAAGUACGGCGCCUCGGCAGGGGUCACCGACACCUUUGGCAACACCCCUCUGCACCUGGCGGCCUGCCAGAUGCACGUGGCUUGGGAGAGCGUGCUCGACCUGCUGGAGUUUGGCGCGCCCAUCUCGCGGCCCAACACGGCGGGCACCACGCCCCUGCAUCUGCAGCCCGCCCUAGUCAAGCUUCAGGAGCAGCUGGUGCUGGACUGCCUGGCCACCUUCGAGCCGCCCGCGCGGCCUGAGCCAGACCCGGUAACUUCCUCCAGUCGGGACCUGGCCGCCGCGCCCGUCCGUCAGUCCUCCAACUUGCUGCGGCGCCUCCAGGGCGUGACCAGUAGAGACAAGAGCACCACCGCGGCUGCUGCCGCCGCCACUGCCUGCCCCGCGGCCGCCACCGCCGCUCCAGCCGCCGCAUCAUCCAGUUUACGUGGACGGGUGGCGGCGGGGCGCGCAGGGGCGGUGAGGGGAGAGCGAGAGGAGGACGCUGGCGGCAUGCCUUCGGCGGAACCCAGCGCGGCGCUGCUCACCACUUCGGGCAGCAUCAGGAGCCGCGGGGGGUCUGCCACGGGCCCGGGGCCUGACUACCGCAGCAAGGAACUGACGUGGGAGACCCUGAGUCACUUGGGCAGCCGCAGGAGAAUUCGUCAGCUGCACGAGGAGGGGAUGGACUCCGAGGACGGCGCCAAGACCACGGUGGCGGAGGCUGAGCGCAGCAUCGCCCUGCUGAAGCGGCUGAGCGGCAGCGUGGAGUGCCUGGGCUUCAUCACGCGCCACCUGCUCACCUCCGCCGCCAACAUCCUGGACUUCUACGAGCGCUGCACGGAGGCACACCUGCACACCUGCUUCAGCUCUCUCCUGCACCACCUCCUCAAGAACAUCCUGGAGCUUCUGUGCACCACCAACGGCAGCGGCUCACUCAGCAACGGGGGCGGUGACGGCGACACUGCAGGAGGCAUACCAGGAGCUGCAGGAAAGCGAGGCGAGGGGGCCGCUGCCUUGUGCCUCCUGGUGAAGCUGUGUGCGUGUCUCCUGGCGGGGGUGCAGGAGCUUCAGUUCACGGCAAUGACCACGCUGAACAAGGUCAUAGACGCCGCCGUGGUGCACAGGAUUGGUGACCUCAGCAUUGACCUCGAUCACCACCUCCUCCCGCCCGGCUCCUCCUCCGCCGCCUCCUCCGUCAGCUCCACCACGGCCUCCGCUGCUGAUAGGCGCGGCAAGGUGCAGCCUCUCUUCGUGGGCGUGACGGUGGGGCGGCUGGCGCGGCAGGACAGCAGGACGGGCAGCGUGGUGAGCAGUGGGGGAGAAGCAGCACCGCCCCCGCCGCCCCCGCCACCCCCAGGCACAGGCGCGGGCAGCCCUGGCACGCCGGAGGUCAGGGGCGGGGCGCGGGACGGCGGGGCGGGGGCGGCGUGGCGGGCAUGGGGCACUACGGCCAGUGGAUGAUGAUGUGGGCGGCAACACUCCCCCGUGCCGCCCGACCAGCCGCAGAACACCACCUCCAUCAUUGGAACGCUGGCCAGUAUCUCAGCAGUGUCGAUUUUAAACGUGAUGCACAAUGCCAUUACACUGCACAAGAGAACAGUGGGGGCCAAACAGCAGUGCCAGCCCUCGCAACG